AUGGGCCCAUAUGUGCCCCCGGGCCAGUCGCCGCCCUUCGAGGUAGUCGACGACGACCACCACUCCGCGUGGGUGAUCAUCACGGCCGCCUUGGGGCUGGUGGUGUCGCUGGCCUGCUUUCUCAUCCGGCUGUAUGUGCGGCUGGUAUUGAUCCCGCCAUUUGCGCGAGAUGAUUUUGUCUUGCUGGGGGCGACGAUUCUCGCCGGUAUCCAGUCUACACUGAUGUUCUACGCCUGCUCGCGCGGAUUCGGGACGUCAAUUACAUUACUGCAACCCGGCCGACUCGAUCAAAUCCAGACUUUAAUCACCACAAGCGACGUCUUCUCUCUACUAAUCCUUUACCUCUCAAAAUGCUGCGUCGUCGCCAUCUACCUGCGGCUGACGCCGCAGAAACUACACAACCGCGCCUCGUGGGCCACGCUCGCCCUCUGCACAGCCUGGCUCGUCCCGGCUGUUUUGAUCUUGCUUGUUGACUGUGAGCUGAACAAGCCGUGGCGGUCUCAGGGCGGGCAGUGUCGCAAUUUGAAUACACGAUGGCAGUUCAUCGCUGCUCUGGAUGUCAUUACCGAGCUGAUUCUAUUUCUGCUGGCCGUGGUUCUGCUGAAAGGUCUUUUCAUGUCUGUGAAGCGCAAGCUGGCUAUUGGGUUUGCGUUUAUCUUCCGAUUUCCUUUGAUCAUCUUCACUCUCCUCCACAUCUCUACCCUCCGCGCCGCCCUCCACGACCCCGAUGUAACCCUCGCCGCUGUCCCCCCAACCGUCUGGCUCCAAGUCGAGGUGCACUACACGCUGGUCGCCUGCAGCGUAUUCUGUCUGCGGCCGUUCAUGGCAGCCGUCAGCACGUUCUACGGUACGGCGGGCGACUCGACGCUCGAAAGCAGCGUUUCGGCCUCGAGGUCGCGCGGCACGAAGGGGAGUUCCGAGUCUGGAUCUGGGUCAGGAUCGAACUCGAAUUCGAAUUCCGUAUUGCAGUCUAUGUCCCGGUCCAGGGUUCAGAGGAAGAGGGCGGGCACGGCGCCGUCUUCUUCGUCAAAUAAGAAGGAGGAUGGUUUCUGCUGUGGAGAUGAACAUAUAUACAACCAACAGAAGCAGAAGCAGAAGCAGAAGAAGAAGAACCAGCUUGCUGGUACAACUCCCAGUCCCGAUGGAAAUACUCACCAGACUCGCACAUUUCAUCGACGGUCUAUAUUUUCUCUCGCUUCCCAGAGCAAGCAAGCCAAGCAGGGCAUUACAAGGCUGGACAAGAAGAUGAAAGGGAAAGAUGGAGAAAAAGAAGAGGAAGAGGCGAGCUCCUCGCAUCCGGAUGGAGAUCUGAUUGAACUUAUGCCGCGGCUGCAGCGGCAGCGGGCCCGAUCAGGGACCGGAUCGCACUCUCACCAGGACCAAAACAGGGACGAGGAUGGACAUUCGAUGGUCAUCCGGAAGGAGGUCCAGUACUCGGUUCAAUAUGAGUAUGAUGAGGCGCGGUGGCGGGAAGUGGCGACGCCGGAGAGUACGUCGGAUGCCACUGUUUAUGUGUAA